UUUGUUAGAAUUGUUAGUGUCCGUGUAGCAUGUAUAAUCGUUUGAAUAAAACUAGAAUUAACAAUAAUAAUGGACGUAAUGAAUGCGUGUCGCUGUUGCCUUAGGCGCCCUGCUGAUAAGGAUCUGAUGAGACCGUAUAAGCAUCUCGGCAAGACUGAGAUAUACGCGGAAAUGCUUAAAGAAUGUUUUGAUUUACAUCUGUGGGUGAGUGAGUCAAUAUUCAGCGGGAUCUGCUCCACGUGCGUGGGCCGCCUGCGAGAAGCCAGCGACUUCAAGCUGCAAGUGCAGCUCAGCCAAACCGAGCUGCUUGCUGAGCUGCAAGCGUGCAAGCUCGAAGAGAAACUGCCCAAAGAUGAGUGCCUCACGGACGAAAACGGUCUCAGUGAGGCGAGCGACGCGCCAGUGUCGUCUGAAGACGCCCCGAUGAUAGUAGAGAUGCUAGAAGAAGACGUCUUCGAUGAAGAUAUAGAGCCAUCUAUGCUGAAAAGGGAAUCCUCUCCUGAGUGGCGCCCCCGCCCCCUCCCCCGCCCGCGCCCCUUCCAGUGCCACGACUGCCGCCGCCGCUUCACACUGAAGAAGGACAUCUCCCGCCACAUACAGUACAACUGCACCCAAGGCCCUCUAGCUUCUAAAAACAGAAAUAUUACCCGCUACACCUGCGCUCGCUGCCCUUACUCCACCAAAAACAAACGCAGCCUAUACUUCCACGAAUUCAGACACGUCGGACAGAAACCCUACCAGUGCGACCGCUGCGAUUACAAAACUACACGAAAAGCGGACUUCGAACGCCACCAGAGCAUACACACGGGCGAUAAGCCCUUCGAGUGCGACUCCUGCGGUUACAAGUGCAUUCAGAAACAUACGUUGUUGAUUCACAAGAGGAUACACACGGGUGAGAAGCCUUACGCUUGCGAUUAUUGUGACGUACGGUUCAGUCGGAUACAGACCUUGCGGAGACAUCAAAGGCGGCGGCAUCAAUUGCAGCUAAAAACGCUCUGCACCUACGGAUUUCAGACAAAUGAUACUCCGUGGUAGUUUUAAGUUUUGAAUGCUUUGAAAUAUGACUCCGUACGUUGGAUUCCUUUUUUUUCAAACACAUAAUAUUACGUCUGUGAGCAUGAUAAAAAAAUAAGUUUACAUACUUGUAAUGAUUACCUCAAAGUUUUCGUUACUACUGAUGCGUUAAGUAAUAAACAAAAGUUUU